AUGUCUUCUGGUUUUGACCGCCAGCCCGAGAUCGUCGAUGACGACUUCGAGGAUGAGGGCUUUGAGAACAAUGAGCAGCUCGAUUCUGAUGAACAGCUCGCCGCCGAUGAUCAUGAAGCCAUCAACGAGUCGAACAUUGUUGCCCCGGGUUUACGUCACGCAAAGCCUCAACGUUCUACCGGUUACCGCGAACUUGACGAGGACGAUCUCCCACAGCAAGCGAAAUAG